UACAGGUAUUUCGUGAGCACUAUUCUUCAAUUUCAAAUUUAUAGAGCAUUGUGCUCAGCAUCAGGGCAGUAUAUUCCUUCCGACCCAUCUCGUCCGUUGCACAAAUGCGACAUAUACAGAAGUAAGGAAGCUGGAAAAAUCCUGACGCAACUGAUGGAAAAAGGAUCCUCGCAGCCUUGGAGGGACGCACUUUUCCAGGCUACAGGCGAAAGCCGGCUAGAUGGCAGUGCUCUGCGAGAAUAUUUUCGACCACUUGAAGAUUGGCUUAGAAACGAAAAUUUAAGAACCGGUGAAUUUGUUGGUUGGUUGUAUGAUGGAGAUUACUGUAAACAAAGUAUUGAAACUGCUGGUCUACAAGUUUAUGGAGGAUUUUACAAUGGUUGCAGUAGAAUCAUGCCCUCUAUUACUUUAUACAUUUUAGUUGGCGUUUUUAGUAUAUUCAUUUGUAGGAAAAUAUUGUUUAAAUUGUAGAUAAUACUGUGCAUAGAAACUACUUUAAUUCUUCCAGUUAAUUUACUUAAAAGCAUUUCUAAUACCUAUGUAGUCAUGAAAUAAUUUACUUCUGUUUAUAUUAACAUACAUACCUAGUUAUCGGUGCAUAUAAAUUGUGAUUAAUGUUUUAAAUAAGGUGGCGCCCUAAAUUAAUUGUUAAUUUUAAUUACUGUAAAAUAUAUUGAAAAUAAUUAUG